AUGGGCCCCAAUGUUGGAAAUGGCUUCGGCGGCAUGGAGAUGGGGCCUGGGAUGCAGAAUAAUGGCCAAAACGUACCCCAAGCUACAGAAUACACGCUGCAGGGCGUGAUGCGGUUCCUGCAGACAGAAUGGCAUCGUCACGAGCGGGAUAGGAAUGCCUGGGAAAUCGAAAACCAGGAGAUGAGGUCCAGGAUAGCCCACCUCGAGGGCCAGGCACGACGCGCCGAUGCUACGCAAAAGGCUCUACGCAAAUACGUCGCCAUUCUCGAGCGCAAGAUCAAGGAUCAAGCUGCCCAACUCACAGGCACGAGCCCAGACGACGCCAAUGCCGAUGCCAAAAAGGAUCGUGCUGCCAAAAUUCAAGAAAAGCUACAUGGAAACGCUGAGAAACAGCCGGUUCCUGGCGUCGAAGGUGUAGAAAUGGAGCGUACCGAUGACGAAGCACACAGGCAGGAACUCAAGACUUUCCUGGACCAGUGUCAAUCUGAAUUCAUGUACCUCAUGAUUGCGCCAGCGAAUCCCCUCCCGCCGAGAGACUCUCCGCCCCUACCUAUGAUCGAGGACUUGCGCGAGGUUGACCCGUACGGGCUCGGUGCCCCCCAAGAAAUCCGACAAUUUCAACUACCGUCACGACCGUCCCAGAACCAUGUCCAAGAAACAAAUCCCAGGCAACACCCACCUACGAACACGACAGUCUCGAUGCAAGAUCCGCAAUCCAGCUACGGCCAGAAGGCCUCUGACGGCCAUCCGCAGGUUGUGGUCCGCGCAGAGGAGCAGCCGCAGUAUCGCAACGCCAACGACUGGUCCGCCCCCAUGUCUGUUUCUAUGAGAGCUGUCAAUGACAACAGUGUUGAUCCCUCACAAGCCGUAGAGGCUUUGGGCACAAUGCAAGACCCCGAGAGCCGAGAGCGAACGCCCGCACCACCCCAAGACUCUGAUGGGUGGGACUUUUCCGAAGGCACACUACCCGAAACUGCCCAGUCGCAGAGCCCUUCUACUUCGAACCGUCCGGACACAGACGUGUUCCCUCAUGCUGACUACAUGCCGAAAUCGCCUGGCCGCGUGCCUGGUAGCCAGCGCAGAAAGAGCUCCAUGUCGAAGCGCAGAAGCAGCGAUCAAGAUCUGAGUCUGGCUUCUCAAAAGGCAGACAGCGGCAACUUUAAACUGCGGUUCGGCUUGCGAGGCCACCUCAACACCGUGCGCACUGUUAUCUUCUCUGGUGGUGGCAGUCCGGGUGAGCCCGAGAUUUGCACAGCCGGUGAUGACGGCAUGAUUAAGCGAUUCCACAUCCCACGACUCGACGCCCAUUCUGGCAUGGGCAAUGCCGCAUCGGAUCUUGACGUAAUUGCAAACUUUACACAUCGCGGUCACAACGGUGCUGUUCUCUCUCUUACAUCGUGGUCCCCAGCACCCAACUUCUCUACAGGCGGGCGCGCUCAAGGCGACGGCUGGAUCUUUUCUGGUGGACAAGACUAUACCAUCCGUGUCUGGGAGCGCGGUCGGGUGGACCCCAAAGCGACCCUUGAGGGUCACACAGAUGCAGUGUGGGCUUUGUGCGUCCUGCCCACGACAUUGGGUGCCAUAUUCGGCAACUCGAGUCAGUAUGGCACUUCUGACCGCAUACUGCUUGUGUCCGGUGCUGCAGAUGGCUCCGUUCGCUUGUGGUCUGUGAGCGCUCCACCGCAGCUCAGCUCGCCGCAGCCGGGAUCCAACAGAGGCGUCGCCGGGCGCCGUGUGCGUGGCAACUCGAUGAGCUCGGGCAGCGGAUUCCCUAACUCGCCGCAAGCCAGCACGGCGUCCAACUCGCCCUUCCACCAGACGCUAGUGCACGUAAUAAACCGCUCCGACGGCUCCAGCGCCAGCCCGACGAGCAUUGCGCCGCUCGGCACUUCAGGAGACACGUUUGUCGUAUCCUACGCCGACGCCGCUGUGGUUGUCUACGACACGAGAACUGGUGAACAAGUGGGCCAAAUGGACAGCAUGGAGACAUACGACGGCACGCAAAAAACGAGCGUCAACGCGGUUGUCGCCACGACCAUUGGUCUGGACCAGGCAAACCAGCACCACGGCAGUAACAUUAAUGAAGAAGAGUCUGGCGGUGGUGGCGGACCUACAGGCGGGCGCUCCAUGGCCGGCAGCGGCGUUGAAGGCACCAUCAUUACAGGCCACGAGGACCGCUUUGUGCGCUUCUUUGAUGCCAACAGCGGCCAAUGUACGUACAACAUGCUCGCGCACCCCGACGCCAUUUCCAGCCUCUCGCUCAGCCCCGACGGGCGGGAGCUCGUCAGCGCGGGCCACGACGCGUCCCUGCGGUUCUGGAGCCUGGAGAAGCGCUCGUGCGUCCAGGAAAUCACGAGCCACCGCGUCAUGCGCGGCGAGGGCGUGUGCUCGUGCGUCUGGAGCCAGGACGGCAAAUGGGUCGUGAGCGGCGGCGGCGACGGCGUCGUCAAGGUUUUUGCGCGGUAA